ACUUUAUUUAAAAUUAGAUGGCAUUACCUCUAUUAGUUGUCCUUUAUCUGAUAAACCAUCUAAUGGUAUGCAAUUUGAUUCUUGGGAAGUUGCUGAACUUUAUAUAAGAGAAUAUGGAAAGAAGAGAGGAUUUGCGAUCAAGAAAUAUAGAACAGAAUCGUCAUCUGAUGGAUCACAUAUUAAUUUAUGUAAUCUUGAAAGUAAGAAUGGUGUAUACGUGAGUUUUAUCGAGCUUAAUCAUAAUCAUGACUUAAAUGUUGAUAAUACAAAAUGUAAUGUAGCAAUUGAACGAGCAGUUAUUUAUGGACAUUGUGAUGCACACACCAUAAGGAACUUAUUACAACCAUUAUUUCCUGAUCAACUUUUUCUUACCCAAGAUCUUUCGAAUGCCAUUCAAAAAAUUAAACACAAAUAUAAAAUUACUGGUUUGGAUGCUUCACAAUUGUUGAAGUAUCUUUUUGAGAAACAAAAAAAAGAACCUAUAAUGUUUAUACAACCUUUUAUUAAUAAGGACAGUGAUAGAUUAU